AUGGUGUCCCAGAGCGACCCUGUACGCAAGCGCAGACGCCGAAGAGAGCCUGGAGACAGACUCUGUCCACAUUCCGGUCGCUCAUUCAAGCGGACCGAGCAUUUGGAGCGGCAUGUGAGAACCCAUACAAAGGAGAAGCCGUUCGGGUGUCAUCAAUGCGGAGUAGCAUUUGCGCGGCGCGACUUGCUGACGCGUCAUCAGCGCAUCACUCUGCACGAAGAUGUACCCCAAGAGAGCCCAGAAGGCGCAGACGGGACACCAAAUACCCCGGCCGGCCAACGUCUGAACGGCCCUGUAUGGCUUCAGGGGUCGAAUGUCGGCAACUUGGCGGCGCACCUAGAACCCGGAGCGGAAGCCGGGCUUGGGUCGGCGCCGGAGCAACGGAAUAUCGGACAUGGAAACGGUCCCGCUCCGGAUCCUGCACAGCCUUUGCUCUUCCCACACCUCUACAGUCACGAAGGCAUAGAGCUGGAUGCGCAAUUCCACGAUUUCACCAGUUUCCUCGACGGCGUUGGCUUGCCGACGGAAUGGAGUCCCUACUUCCCUAGACAUGAGGUGUACGAGCCUGUAGAUCCCGCCCUUGGAGGGAAUGGAUCAUCUCGGCCGGGUACAGCGACACCAAGGAGUCGUCCAGAGACGCCACUCAACUCCUGGCUGCCAUCAGCACCUGGGCAGCCCAAUCAUCUUCACAUUGUCGAAUACAGGGCGUCCGGUGCAUCACGAGCCGAUCCUCAGCCCUACAGGGUUUCUGAUCUGGUACACGCUCACCUUCAGGAAUGUUGCGAAAGCUUCCGAGAAGUCCUCGACCAGGACUUUGUGUUCCCUUCCCGCCACGCGCUCACACGCUACAUAUCAUCCUUCUUCGAUGGGUUUCAUCCCCAUAUGCCCUUUAUUCAUUGUCCCACAUGGCGCAUGUCGGACCAUUCCAUGGAACUCAUCCUGGGUCUUGCCGCCAUUGGAGCGCAGUACUGCUUUGAGCAUCGAAACGCCGAGAAGCUGUUUUAUGCAGGCAAGGCUAUCCUCAUGGAUAGACUCGUGCACAACCUGAAUAAAUUUGGGCCCAAUACCAGACCCUUUCUGAAUCUGCAAGGCGUGUCCAGUGGCGAGAGGACUGCACAGGCUCGCGGGAGCGACUGGGACGCCUGGGAGCCCAUGGAAACGGUGCGUGCACUCAUUGCACUCAUAGCCUACAGUACGUGGGAGAUGAAGGUCAGUCUGCUGCACGAGGCCUUUGCUCUCCAGGGCCUACUUGUCGAAAUCUUGCGGUACAUUGGACUCGGUGAGGAUGAGGGCCAGGCUGAUAACGGAGCACCGACUGACGACGAGGAAGGUCUUAAGGCAGCCUGGCAUGCCUGGAUUCGUCAAGAGGUAACACGACGCUCCAAGUUGGUGGCCUUCUCUUUCCUGCACACGCACAGUAUCGCGUAUAAUGUCUACCCCGUGUUACGGACCAACGAGAUAAAUCUCAGAUUGCCGUGCUCUACCAGGGAAUGGAAAGCCACGACAGCCCUGCAGUGGCAGCUCGCGAGACAUGAGACUCCCAAGCAACAGCAGUUCUUCCAGGAUGCACUAUCGCACUUGCUAAGGAAUCGGGACGGUGCCGCGCCGUUGGAUCCUAUCCCGACACCCUUGGGGAACUAUGUCUUAUUACACGGCCUCCUGCAACGGAUACACAUUGUUCGCGACCUUUCCCUGCCUGUUAUGGAUCGCCUAGCGUCUCUGCCUGCCGAGGAGGUUGAAAAGCUAGAGCGCGGCUUGCGAUCAUGGACGUCAGGCUGGCAGCAAGCCCCCGAGUCCAGUUUGGAUCCUAAUAAUGAGAGCGGACCCAUCCCAUUUACCUCAAGUUCACUUCUAGGCUUGGCUUAUGCACGUAUAUACUUGCAUUUGGGCCCCCAUCGCCAACUAGAUACCCGCGAUCCCGUACGAGUUGCCCAUGCCAUCUCCAGGGCUCCCGCAGUAGAGCGCAGCACUGGCGUUAUCUCUGCUUUGCUCUACUCGGCGCACAUGCUAAGCAUACCGGUACGGCUAGGAGUAUACCGUGCUGCCAGAAGCCAAGCAUUCUUCUGGAGCGUGAGGCACUCGCUUGCUGUCCUCGAAUGUGCCAUACUGCUCAGCAAAUGGCUGUCCUCCGUGGCAGCGUCAACGCCGACCACGCCCCUCAGCGAUGGCGAGGACAAGAUUCUGCAUUGGGUUCGAUGCAUUGUUGACGAGGCUUACACGGCUAUUGAGUUUGAUAACGACGAUGCUGAUCCCCAGACCCUGGACCGCAAUCCUGCAACACUUAGUCUGGCGGUCCUCCGUAUCUGGGCUCACUUUUUUGAGAGUAAUACCCAGUGGCCGUUUAUUAACAUGAUUGGUACGAGCAUGAAGAAGUAUCGAGAACUCUUGAUUCGAAGUAGGCGAGCCACUUGA